AUGCUUCAACCCUAAGUCUCUCUCAUCAGCAGCAGCACAUCAACACUCUCUAAAAAAAAUAAAAAGAAGCUUCGAACAAUCCGCCAAAACCAUGAAUUCCGACGGCGUAGAUUUCACUGUGGCGAAGACAGCAGUCUUCUGGGACAUUGAGGAUUGUCCGGUCCCUGAUGGUCUAAAUGCUGUUGAUGCUACGAACAACAUUAAAAACGCCCUGAAGAAUGCGGGUUUUAAUGGCGAGGUCUCAAUCUUUGCUUUUGGUGGUACAAAGAAGUACCUUGUUGGUCUAAACUCAAACAAUGAAACAGAGUUUCAUCAUUUCCCCCAAGGAGAUGUAAAUGCGAGACGUGCAGCUACUUCGGGUGAAAUAUUUUCCUGGCUAAUGGACAAUAAUCGUCAACGGACAAAUUUGAUGAUGAUCAUUGGAGAUACUACAGACAACAUUGGGUUGAUGAUCUUUCUUCAUGAUCUGGUUGGGGCUGGUUACAAUCUUCUCACAUCACAGCCUCCUUCAUACAGAUCAGUACCGCUACACCAUUCUGUUAGUACCGAAUGGCUUUGGCCUGACCUAGGACUUGGAAAAGACCCUGUCUUCAAAAGAGGAGACCCUGUGCUUGGUAAAUGGGAACACUUCAAUGGUCCAGCUGUUAAUCCUAAAGACCAUGUGGAUACUGAUCCUGAAGACGAUGAUCCUGAUCUGGGAACGGAUCUUUCUCUCCUUUUUCAGUGAUCUAGCAUAUAUAGUAAGGAACUAAGGAUACUGAUACAGAAGAGAAUAUAUGAUACUACUAAGU